GUUGAAUCAAAUCUCUCCGUGUUCCCUUUGCUUCAGGUAAUAUUUGAACUAACUUCUUAGUACUACCAUGGGAUCCACUGUUGAUGCCGCAAACAAGGGUGUAAAUGGAACCGCAAGUGCCAAGAAACCCACAGUUAUAUUUGUCCUUGGUGGUCCAGGAAGUGGGAAAGGUACACAGUGUGCCUAUAUCGUUGAACAUUUUGGUUACACACAUCUGAGUGCUGGAGACCUUCUUAGAGCUGAAAUUAAAUCUGGCUCUGAAAAUGGAACUAUGAUCCAGAAUAUGAUUAAAGAAGGGAAGAUUGUACCAUCUGAGGUUACAAUCAAGCUUCUGCAGAAAGCAAUUCAGGAUAAUGGGAAUGACAAGUUCCUCAUUGAUGGUUUCCCUCGCAAUGAGGAAAACCGAGCAGCAUUUGAAAAAGUUACUGAGAUUGAACCCAAGUUUGUCUUGUUCUUUGAUUGUCCUGAGGAAGAGAUGGAGAGGCGCCUAUUAGGCCGAAACCAGGGGAGAGAGGAUGACAAUAUUGAGACUAUAAGGAAGCGUUUCAAGGUGUUUCUUGAAUCUAGCUUACCAGUGAUUCAGUACUACGAAGCUAAGGGGAAAGUUAGGAAGAUUCAUGCCGCAAAGCCCAUUGAAGAUGUGUUUCAGGAGGUGAAGGCAGUCUUUACUCCUGAAGCGGAGAAGGUAAAACACAAUACUUGUGUGAUUCUCUAAACCUCUAGUAUUCAAAAAGGAAAUAAAAGAUUCCUCAUAGGAAUCACAUAAGUUGUACUGUAAUGUAGAAGCUUGUAACUAACUAAAGUUUGCCGGUCUGAAUCAUAAAUUCAUCAUGACUGUGCUGUAAAAGAUGAUAAAUAAUGCAUUUGCAUAAACUUUGAUGAUCCAACUUUCUUUUUUUCUUCGCAACUUCGUUAAUGAAUAGAGCAGUGUCAAAUAGCUUGGCACGGUAAUAAGCUAUAGAGGCCAAGUAGCUGCAGCUAUGAAUCCACUAUUUUAUUGGUAGAGAUCUUAUAUUAAACAAUUCUGUGAAUUGUCUUAUUUAAGGUUGAAGCCUAGGCUGCAGCAUCGUAAAGACAUGGAUAAACUGAUCAGGUAGCUGGCUGGUUGCAUCUUUACCGGGAAGUCUCUGCUUGGCCUUAUUUUUUUCUAUACAAAUAUAUGAUAUGAUUACUGUUAUUAUUACUAUACACCUUUUACCUAUUAAUAUCAUUUUUGUUUUGUUUCUUUGUACUUGAUGGGAUUUGUGAUUGGCUUUCUGUAAUUUCUUUUUUUUUCUCUCUGUAAUUUCAUAAACCAAAUUCAUGGGACUUUUUACAAUAUAUACUAAGAUUAAUGGAAUCUCAGUGCUCUGGUUACUUUUUCUAGUUGUUCUCUCAGAUUGUGGUUGGAUUUAA